AUGGAAGGUACAGAACUGGGUGGCGACCAGCAAUUUUGUUUGAGAUGGAACAAUUUUCAAGCGAAUAUAACAUCUCAAUUCGAGGCAUUGCGCGAUGAUGAGGACUUCGUGGAUGUCACCCUGGCAUGUGAGGGGCACCGGCUGGAGGCACAUAAAGUGGUUUUAUCAGCAUGUAGUCCAUAUUUCAAGGAAUUAUUUAAAAAUAAUCCAUGUCCGCAUCCUAUAAUCUUUAUGCGGGACUGCGAAGUGUCUCAUGUACGUGCGUUACUACAGUUCAUGUACGUAGGCCAGGUAAACAUCGCGCAGGCGCAGCUUAGCGCCUUCCUACGUACUGCCGACGCGCUGCAGAUACGAGGCCUCACAGACUGUUCACAACACAACGACAAAAAAGCGAAUCGAAAAUCACCUCCUUCCCAACUACGUAACUUGCUCAGCGCCAAGCCGUCACACUCUACCUCCUCCUCCAAAGCCGCAAACCAAAAUGUCGAAACGACCUCUGCCGACGACCAAGAACAGAGCGCAAGUCGUCGUUCCACGCGAAAUUCUCCCGAUGUUGCCAGAAACAAUCUCAAUGAAGAAGCUCCCUUUCAAACUUCUAGUCAAAUGAGGCCUAAUAAUGAUGACUAUAGAGAAACGCCCAAUUACCCAACUUUAAGGGUGAAAACUGAUCUCGAAGCAACAGAAGUGAAAAACGAAGAGAGUGAAAUUCUCAUGGACCCUGGGGACCCCGAUAGAAUAGAAAUAGACAAAUGUCAAGAAUUCAAUGCAACAGAUCUUUUAGAACCAAAAAUGGAAGUUAUGGAGCAAGAAGCUAGUGACGACGAACGUUCAAGUUUUCAGCAAAUGUAUUACAAUGAAAAUAACGCACUUGCAAAUCCAUUCGCCGCAUUGCCAGGUAAUAUAGAUCUAAUGAGCGGCAUGAACACGGAGCUUCGGGACGAAAAUGCGGAAGGUAAUUAUACUUUUUUUUAUCUCUCACUGUCACGUCAUUGUCACACGCACACGUCGACUCGGACAGCCGCGCCCCCGGCGAACCUCUUUUUAGCACAUUUGACAAUUGAACCGGCCGUAGAAGAGAGCGCGCGCGUCUCGUAUCGAGUCAGGUGGCUAGGCGCGCGGGUGUCGGACGACGCGCGGCCGACCCGCACUGACCGCAAGCGCCGCGGGCCUCCGAACACCGCUCGUAUUGUUCCACCGGCCGAAGCCCAACAUGUCGGGCACCACGGAACUAGUGUUGUCCUAUUCAAAUGCUAA